UUCGAAUUAAGGAUAGGGGACACGUACUUUAAAAAGUCAAGAAACUGUCUCCUAAAAAGUUGACAGAGAGUCAUUUAAAGACAAAAUGCUCCUGUCCCAACUUAUUCCAAAUGUAUUGUUGGCGUCUAUAAUUCUAAUGCAGCACAUAUUUGUCUUAAAACAAUAAUAUUUUUCUGUUUCAUCAUUUGAUAUGUUGUCUUUGCAGUGAUUGCAGUUUGCUGUAACAUCUAAAUAAGUUGCAAAUCAUUAAAUUCUGUUUUGGAACAUUUUAGAAUUGGAGUCAGACAAAGGCUUGUUACCUGGAGAGAAGUUCUUACAUUUGGCCACUAGAUGACGCUCUUCUACUGCUGCUGCGGCAGGGCUGUACAGCAGGACAAGGGAAGGAAAGAGGGUGAAGGAGGGACAAACUCUGAAUGUAGGAGAGGAUGAAGAUCGUUUUUAGUGGCUCGUGUAGCGACGAUGGAAGUUUGUUAUAAAGAAGUUAUAAAGAUUAUUAAAAAAAACGCAUUUUUACGACAAAACUGGACAAAUACAUUAUGGACACCUCUGUGAAUAAUAUUUAACAUAAUAUUUAACAUCUUUAGACUGUUGUAUCACCAUAUGAAACUACAGCAUCCCAUAAUUUUUCUUAACAGUUAAACAGAGAUAAUAUAAUUCAAAGCGGGAUUUCAACAACAAAAGAUGCUUCAUUUUAAUAAAUAACGUUAGAUGGGUUUUGGGGACCAAUCUGCAGUUAUCUACAUCUACUUAUAUAACACCUAAUAUCUGUAGCCUAUUUCUUUAUAUUUUGUUAAAUGUAGUGAAUAACUGCGUAAUACCGUUUGAAAAGUAAAGACUAAGGUUAAAUUUGAAAAGAGGCUGAAAUGCUUCUUUUUGUUUUAUUUUACUUUAAAACGCACAGAAAUUGUUUCAAAGAUCUUAACCAAAAUUAUUUGAUGUGUUAGAGUAGAAAAAUGCUUAAGUUUUGAUCAGCUGCGGGGAAAUUGGGUCUACGUGAUUCGGUCCUUAUAAGAAACAAAAAAUCCGGCAAAUAAAAGAAUAAAAUCAUGACUCAAAAAUGUAAAUAACUGUUUUAGAAUAUUCCCUUUCCAUAAAAAAUAAAAGUUUUAAAAGUAUUUUAACUUUGAAGAAGAGAGCAGCCGGGUCUCCUCCUUCAGUCCUCAGCAGGUGAGUGCGCUCAGAGCACCUUGCAGGCCCCCGAUGCCAAAGAUGGCUGCUGCCCUUUGCCACGCCCACUUCUUCCCCACUUUGAGGCGUUUUUCUUUACAUUUAAACUUAAAUUCGUGUUUAAAUAUAAUUUUGGCGUCAACAAUGUUCACAGUAAACACGUGGAAAAGGAUAAAAGUGAAAUUUGUGCGUAAAAGUUGCGCUGGAAGCAUCCAAAGCUGGAGUGCCUAAUGAGGGGGUGUGAUGCUCUGUUAUUGGAAAAGAAAGAAAAAAUUAAUAAAAGUAUGGUUUCUUUUCGGUCAAAGUGUAAAAUAAUAUUAUAUUACAUUAAAGUGAAGCUUAUGCAAUGUCCAUGCGGAGUGAUUUUUGUACAAAAAUCGAUAAAACUCAGUUGCCUCUGAAUAUUCAAAUUCAAAGUAACGCGCAAUCAAAGUAUUGUCAAAUCAUUGGGUUCUAGGGGUUUUAAAUAGUAGGCAUGGAGGGAGAAAAUCUCAAACUAAUAUGUCCCUAGCUAUAUUACAAUAUUGCUGUAUGCUCUGACUGUGUUUUAAGAGAUUUGUGUUGAGAUUUUUGGAGACUUUUGCACAAAUUUCGUUCUUGGCCAUUUUGCUGAGGCAGAAAAGGACGUUGUGGAGUCCCAUAGGUCUUUCUCCAGGGAGCCUCUCUUCAUCACAGCCAUCAUGUCUGGUGAGUUUUAUGUCGUGUUUUUCAUCUGGAGACUCAUUUUGUGUAUUUUUCACCUGUUAGAAAAGAGAAAAGAGAAAAGGGACAAAGUUUAGAGGCAAAAUUGAAAGCAGAACAGAGACACGUGCAAAAAAAAGGAGCAGGUCCUCCUCCAAAUGAUCUUUCUAUGUCAUUCUUUAAUGCUUUAUAAGAUGACCAACAGUAAAAAUACAUUUUGAGAAGGGCUGAUAUUACUUUCUACUUUUUAUGCCACCUGUUUGCUUGUCCGUGGGUGGAACAGGAGUGUCGACUACUCGCCCAUAUAGAGCUUUCUGUGUCUUAGGAUUUUCUUUAUGUUACAUUCCUGUGACCAUAACUCACGCCAGAACAUGCCGAUUAUUCUUUCAAAGACAUUUUUAUUAAAGAUUAAAACUUGAAGCAUGAGUGCGCGGACUGCUUGUGCGUAACAGCACGUUAUGAGUGCGUUAGAGUGGGAUGUGUCUGCUGUGAAGAUUUGGCCCAUUGUAUCUCACAUUUAAGACAAAUCAUGAAGAAGCAUUUAGCCGUAUGAAUAUUUAUCAGAUGAUGUUUCACAGCCGAGGCUUCGUCUAGUUAUCAAAUCGGCUCUUUUUUUAAACAGCUCGCCACUCCUGGGUGCAUUAAAUUACGCCUUUAGGCCUGUAUUACGCGCACCUAUACGAGGCGUUCUUUCUGACUCCUGAAUUAGAUGUCAUCAUUAGGAAAAUCAGCCAAUUAUUGCUUGAAUUUUAACAUUUUACGGCUCCAAAUCACAAGAUAGGAGCAGGGGCGAUUUGAAUACAGAAAUCGGAGUAACCAAAUCUUCGAUCUGAAUAAUAAAAAGAGGAAGAUUUGUUCUCGGACCUUUUCAUAAAACAACAAUCCGACCAAACUGAAGCUCAGCCUCCCCUGAAUGUUUGGUUACAUGGAGCCGAAUGCGCAAAGAGAGGAGCAGAUUGUUUUUUUCAGUGCCUCUCUCACGCUGUAGCAUUUUUUUAAUGGACUUCAACUUUGUUUUCUGCAGAAUCUUUCAACAUCUUCCUCUCUUUAUUUCAACGUUAUCGCGUUCACCAUGCUCAGUUUAAAGUUAAAUCUCAGAUCGACAUACGGACGCCGUUCAGCCCUUUGUUUACGCGUUUUACACGGUUGCCAUGAGCGAUUUUAUCCAACUUUGCCAAACGAUCUAACCCUCACUUCUACCCCUAGAUCGCCCCGGGAUGUCCGUUUAACUUUCAUUUUAAAAAAGUUCUUUUUUUAUUAGAAAUUUGUACUUACUGUGAUGCAUUUUAAGCUGCAUUCCUUUGUUCCUGGUCUGGGCGUGGUGGCUCAGGAGCGCGGCUGCAGAGAACAGAGUCUGCUGACGGCGUAAUAGGAAACGCAUAGCCGUGUUGUGCCGUAAAGUGGGAGCCUUGAGCGGGAUCAACAAGAGGCCGUGGGGUCGGGUUAGUUUCGGGGAAAAUACCGGGAUUCACAGCGCGCAAUGGUCGCCAGAAAUGCACUUUUACGCAGCGUAAAGGUUAAAAGAAAACGGUGGAUAUGAGUGUUUAUGCACAGUCCAAACAGCAUUUAGUUCUUUAUUUGAACAAAAGAAUGACUCACAAAGUGUUUACACAGUGAAACUUACACUUCUCCGCUCAUUGGGCUGCAGACAGACAUUAUAAAAACAUAUUUGGAACAUAACAUUCAUGUUCUUGGGGGGGAAUGGUGUUUUGAUAUUUGACAUGUGAGGAGUGAAAACACAACGACUGUUAAAACUGAGAGAGGAGAAGGGGAGGGGGGGGAGGGGGGGGGGGUCACCAGAGUGGGGUGGAGUAGAGUCAAAGGAGUGUGUGCCAUUAUGCUCCUUAAUGGAGGGGUUGUUCUGUAAACAUGAGUGACGUGUUGUUCUCCUCGUGCAGAUAAGCCCAGGGUGUAUCAGGGCGUCCGCGUAAAGACCACAGUCAAAGAGCUGCUGCAGAGACACAGAGCCCGCGAGGCCAACAGCAAGAAAGUUAAAACGGUAACCACCCCCACCUCUCUCUCUCUCUCUCUCUCUCUCUCUCUCUUGUCACCCACGUUUGCCCCGUGUAAGAACAAUGACACUGAGCAAAACAAUAAACUGUAAAUGACUACCUCUAAUAACAGCCACCCCUGACACCAUUAAACCAUUAACGUUUGUGAAACUAUACACACAACCACAUGCACUCACUGUCACACAUCCAACAGCAGCCAAAAACAGCCAAAUGUUAUGACAAAAAUGUUGAAAAAUGAAAUAAAAUCUAAUAAUCUCUCUCCUUUAUUCUCCCCAUUCUUUCUCUUCUCCUUCCUCUUCUCGAUGAGCAGAUAUCCCAGGCUUGCUCGGAGCUCCGCGAUCUCUGCGCGUCCACUUUUCCAAGUAAGUUUAAUCGAGUCCAGAAUCUGAAAUUGAAUAAAUAAUGAAAAAAAAGAGCUGAUGAAAAAUUAUACCAGAGGCAGUGAGAAUCUGCUCUGCAAUGAUCCAUUAAUCCAAUAAUAAUCCCACUAAAAGUAAACUAUACAGAACAAAAACAAUAACAAUAAUAAUAAUAAAAAAAAGGUUUGCACGACGGCUUAAUCAGUGGUCGUGUCUGGAUUAUAGUAGAAGAAUCAAAGUGAAAAUCAUCAGCCUGCUCACAGGCUGCAUGUCUGUCUGAGUCAUGAACUGCUUAGUCAGCAAAGUCCACCAGGGUUGUAAAUCUUGUCAACGAUUGACAUCCCCAUUGCAAAUGUGCAGGGUCCCCUCUUAUAAACGAAGGCUACAUUCAAAUGUGUUGGCUGAUGUUGUCAUGACAUCACUCUGAAUUUAUAGGCCCUAUUUAAAUGUCUUUCUGUGGUCUGCUCCAAUGCAGAGACUGCUCUGCACCCUCCUUGAUACGCUCUCUCCACAUAUUUAUGCUGUUAUUUUACAUCUUUCGCCAAAGAGUUAUUACGCAUGGAUUUAUUCAAAAUGCGUCUCUAAAUUCUCAAUGGAUUUUUAAUUUAUUCUUAGCCAUUCAAGUUGACAUUUUUCCCAGCCCAGGAAUACACACUUGUAAUGCAAAUUUUUCUUUUGAUAUGUUUUUAACAUUGAUGUUUUUAACUCUUAUUUUCACCUUGCUCCCCUUCAGACCGCUAUGUGGACCCUCCUCCUGCCGUUCCCCACGCAGCCAACUCGACCAGCUGUGGUGCACCAGCUCUCCAGCUGCGCACCGCCUCGUUCCCCAUCCGUGACAGUUCGUGCAACAUCCGGAUGCAGGAGAGCGCCUUCGACGACAUCCAGCAGCAGUUUGGGGACAUGAUGUUGCCCAGCAACGGCUACAGCGACAGCAGCACCGGCAGUGGUUGUGGCUACACCGCCUCCCUGCCUUCACGCCCCACUCUCCCGGUGCCCUGGAGCCACGGACUAUCCUCAGAUGCCGACUUCUACAGUCAAGAAAUUGUAAGUUUCGCCCGCUAAGGCAGACAAAACUCCUCUGAGGAAUAUGUCGUUUUUGUAUUUAAUCUGAACGGUAAUAAAGAGCAAACCUCCACUUUCAAUGGAUAUAUUUCCAAUAAAAUAUGAAAGAUGGUGAUCAAAAUCAUGCCGAAUGUAAGAUGUGUUUAUAAGUAUUUUUAAAACAUGUAAACUAGUCUAACAGCAAUUAACAGUUUCUUUUACCACAGGGAAAGUUUUUUUUUACAACUUUGCAAGACAGGUUUGGUGUUGCUCAUUCCCCUCAGCAGAGAUAGUGUUUGGGCUUGUGGCAGGAUUUAGCAACAAUCAGCUACACGCCCAAACAUGAGUUCAGAAAUAUCUGACUUUAAUGACUUUUAACUUUAACAGAAGCAAAACUACCAGUCUGAAAAUGUAUUCAAGUGGAGUUAAAAGUACAAUUUUUGAAUUUUUCUUAAAGUAAUGAGUACUUGACCUUUGGUGAUGGUAGCGGAGGCAGCUGGUUUCGCAAAACUACUUUAUCAAACUUAUUGUUGUAAUAUAAACAAUGGCAGUCCUACUGUAGACUAUGAAGUGAGUUUGACUCUGCAUGCCUUCAGGGUGAAGUUACUGAAUAUUUCUGCAGCGGUAUUUUGUCAAUAUUGCACAUUAUAGGCAGUCCAUGUCAAUUUAAGCAGUGCCUUGCUGUGUACAAGCCAAAAUUUAGGACUCAACUGCAACAAGCAUAAUUUUUGAAAAGUUUCUUGAAACACACUGAUUGACCGCUGGAUUUAAGUAAACUUGCCAGGAAAAAUUUUGACUUUAAAUAUCUAUAAAUUAUAUUCUAAUUUGGGAUUUCCAUGUUGAUGCGGCUACAGUCAAGUCUGUAGACAUAUUUGGACUAGAAGAGAAUGAUACUCUGAGUAAAUUAUUUGCCAUGUGCUGCCUGCCAGACAUUCAGAGCAGCUUCAUUUGUAUGAGUGGUAGUGUCUGUUUUGGCUUGCUAUAAUAACCCAUGGUCCAGCUGAAGCUUUAACAUUCUCCUGUUCUCCUCUUCCUCCAGGCCUCCUGCUCUUCACCCGAGUUGCUGAAACUCUGCAACCCCAUAGACCCUAACAGCUACUCUCCGCAGGACUCCUUCUCCUCCUCCCCGGACUCCUGCUACGACUCACCCACGAGGAUGGAGUCCAGUUACCACAGCGGCUUCACUUCAGAGCACUACCACUUUCAGAACUGCAACCUUCAGGACUGUUACUGCCCGUCGCACUGCUGGCCCGGUCAGCAGGAGAGCUUCUGUGCCCCUGAAUACGCACCUUACUACAACCCCACAGACUAUCCUUACGCCUACCCUGUGGAGGAGAACUACUUUAAGAGGGAUUAUCAGAUGAGCUCGGAGAUGUGUUACAAUGUUCUAUGAUGAGACCUGCAGCAGUGUUGUCUUUUGUCUUUGUACUGUACAUAUGAAUCAGUAAGCUUGAUAGUCCGCUUUGCAUUUCAAUGUGUGUGUGUGAAUGCUCUGACUGAUUUUGCUUUAGUGGGAAAUGACUGCAUGAAAAAAAAGGACGAUAUUUUUGUACUAACUUUUUUACCGCUCAGAUUUAUUUUCUUAAACAAAAUGUCAGUGUUCUAAAUAAAUAUGCUAAACAUACAAA